CGUUAGUCCACGCUUCCUGUUCGUUCUUUUCCCUUUCAACUACAGUGAUAUUCGGUUGUGCCAAAAGUCUCUGGAAGAAUCUGCGAUGGAAGCACUCAUCAAGAAACAUAAAUUUACCCGCAAUGAAGAAAUUGACUCAUUUAAAAUAGGAGAUCAAACAAUAAUAUUAACAGGACUAAUCACAAAAAUGGAAGAAGUCAAAUCAUCCGCGCAAAAUGAAAAUCAAAAUAAUCGGAACAAUCAAAGCAAUGACUCUUUGAGACCAGUACGUUAUGUUUUGGACAACUUAUCUGGCCGCACACUUAAGCUUUUAUUCUGGAAGGACAGGGCAUCAGAGUUCACAGGAAAGCUCGUUAACAAUGUUGUUAAAAUCAAGAGAGCCAAAGCUUUAGCCAUAAAGGAUCAAUACCGAAAAGUGGGCGAUAUUGUGAUAGUCGAAAUUUCAAUCCUAAAACAGACGAAAAUUGACAUUUUGGAAUACGUUCCACCGUUGGUGCCGGUGCAGCCUGAAGCACUUUUCGAAGAAAUUCCCCUACGGAAUGCUGGCCUACACCUUAAAAAACGUGUGUGUAUUGAAGGGUUCAUUAAACUUGAAAUUGAAAAUGUUAUUCAUAAUAACUUUUCUUAUGGAUGUGGCUUAAUGACGGACUUUCAUUAUAAAUUAAUAAUAAAUGUUACGACAUUUAAGGAAAAUGUUUUCGACGAAGGGAAGCAUGUACGUGUAAAAGGGAGUAUGAGAGAGAGUGGAGAAAAUUUGAUCAUACAAGUAGCAAGGAUGGAGGACAUCGAAUUAGUGGAUGACGAAAUUGCAACCGAAGAUGAUUUGGACGCUGGAUUUUUAUCUCCACCAAUUGGAACAGAACCAGAUGUGCCACCUCCGAACUUGAAUAGCAAAACUAAAACUCAUCAAGCAAAUGAUCCACCACAAUUUUCGUCAGUUUCACAACCUGCAGCAAAUCCGUCAACUACUGAAACUUUCCAAAAUGAAAAAUUGUCAACUUUUCAACCAGCUGAUGCUGCAAAUGCUUCAUGUUCUAACAGUACAAAUCAAACUUUCGAUCAAGGUCAGGAUAUAUCUCGUCGCAAACUCGAAGAUCCAAAAGAUAAUGCGGAAUCACCAAAUAAACUGGCCAAAACGGACAAAAAUUUCCCUCCGUUGCCAAAAAAGCGGUGAAUUUGCAGCUACCUCGCAUCUUCUAUCUUUUUUAAACUUCGUUUGUUUUUCAUUCCAAUUUCGAUUUUCUAAAUAUUCUUUCCUUUUCUAGUUUUCUUUUUAUAAUUUAAAACUUUU